AGCUAGUCUCAAAUUUGCAUCACUACAACAUACAUACAAAGUUCUCUCUCUCUUUGAAUUUUCAUUUUGAUUCUUCUUCUAUUACAUAAAAAAUGGCUUCCACUGGUAAGAUGGAUGUAGAAAUUGAGGUGAAGUCUCAUGCAGACAAGUUCUUUGAAGCCCUUAGGGACUCUGUCAAUGUCCUCCCUAAGGCCUUCCCUAAUGAUUACAAGAGCAUUGAAGUUCUUGAAGGUGAUGGGAAGUCCACUGGUUCUGUUCGCCUCAUACAUUAUGGGGAAGGUUCUCCUCUUGUGAAAGUAUCGAAGGAGAAGGUGGACAUAAUGGAUGAAGCAAACAAGACAUUUGUGUAUUGUGUGAUUGAUGGGGAUCUGCUGAAAUUCUACAAGAAUUUCAAGAGCAACAUUUCCGUAAUUCCAAAGGGAGCUGGGAGCCUUGUGAAGUGGUCCUGUGAGUUUGAAAAGGCUAGCGAAGAGAUUCCAGACCCACACCUCAUUAAGGACUUUGCUGCCAAGAACUUCAAGGAGCUGGAUGACUAUGUUCUUAAGGCAUAUUAGAGGGCACUCCCAUUUCCAUUUGGAAUGUUUCUGGUGAAGUGAAGAAAUUAUCAAUAAACAAUAAAACUGUGUUUGGAGUA